UGAUCAUGUAUAAAUCCACAUUAUAUGCCCAACUCCAAUUCACACUUUCUCAGAAACACACACUUAAAUUUGCCACUUCACAUUCCGGCAGCCAUGGCAUCACUUGACACCACAACUCCUCCACAUGCCACCACAGAGAAACCUCUGAAUCUUCACAACUACCACAACAAUACAAGGGUUCUUGGGGUCCAGCUCUUGAUGUUGCUUUAAGGAUGUUCCUGUUUGCAACAGCCAUGGCGUCAGUCAUUAUUAUGGCCACUUCUAAACAAACCAAACUGAUUUCACUUUUUCCGGGCUUCGCAAUACCAUUGGAAGCAAAAUUCACUCAGUCCCCAGCUUUCAUAUACGCUAUAGCAGCGCUCUCACCGGGAGGAAGCUGGACAAAGCUGCAGUUUCAUUUUGUGAUACUUGAUGCUCUGUUAUUAGGUAUCGUGGCUGCAGCAACAGGAGCGGCGGGAGGAGUAGCAUACAUUGGACUCAAAGGAAACUCUCAUACCAAUUGGAAAAAGGUCUGUGAUGAGUUCGGUUCCUUUUGCUCUCACCUUGCAGGGUCUAUUGUUCUGUCGCUCCUAUCCUCCAUAACGCUACUACUGCUUGUUUGGCUGUCCGUUUAUGUACUUUCCAAAAAGCUUCCAAGGGUGUAGUUCUAUUGACACCAAAAUUGUUCACGUCGUGAUGAAUAUGUAAUGUAACAAAGAUUUAAAUGUGAGAAAAUUUGUAGUUUAUGUGUUGUCAUGAACUGUGACGAAAAAAGGUGUAGACUUGCCGUAAAAGUUAGGAAUUGUGAUAGUAUAUGAUGAGACUUUGAUUUAUCAGCAGUUUUAAUUAUUGUAGUUAAGGGUAGAAACGUAAUUCUAAUAUAUAUCCAUUAUUAUAUUACUAGGCACAUAGGCACAUGCC